UUACUAGGUAGAAGUUUAUCCCUCCCAGGUCAGGCAGGCGAGGUGGGCGUGGCUUUGUUUGGCGAUGGCGCAAGCGCGGCGCUUACCGCCCCGCGCCCGCUUCUAGCUCGGGAAUACUUCCAGGUUUGAGCGCCGAUCGAUCGAUCGAUCCCAUCCAUCGGUAGGGUUUUGGAGAGCUUGGAAUCUUCCACUGCCGGCCGCGAGCGAUGCAGAUGCUCAAAAAGCUCCAGCAGCUGGAUGCGUAUCCCAAGAUCAAUGAGGACUUCCACAGCCGCACGCUGUCCGGGGGAGUCAUCACUGUUGUCUCCUCCAUUUUCAUGGCGAUCCUCUUCAUCACGGAGCUUAAAUUGUUUCUUCUUCCGGGUACCACGAGCGAGCUCUUGGUCGAUACAUCUCGAGGAGAGACCUUGCAAAUCAAUUUUGAUAUCACCUUUCCGGCUCUAGCGUGCUCGGUUAUUAGUCUGGAUGCGAUGGAUGUUAGUGGAGAACAACACUUGGACGUGAAACAUAACAUAUUUAAGAAGAGAUUAGAUCCCUCGGGAAAGGUCGUUCAGCCUCCAGUCCAGGAAGAUAUCGGUGGUCCAAAGAUUGAUAAACCACUCCAAAAACAUGGUGGAAGGCUAGAGCAUAACGAAACGUACUGUGGUUCCUGUUUUGGUGCCGAGCAAUCAGAUGAUGAGUGCUGUAAUAGCUGCGAAGAGGUCCGGGAAGCGUACCGAAAACGAGGUUGGGCAAUACACAAUGCCGAUUUGAUUGACCAGUGUAAACGCGAGGGGUGGCUUACAAAGAUCAAGGAAGAAGAAGGGGAGGGAUGCAAUAUCUAUGGGUCCUUGGAGGUGAACAAGGUUGCCGGGAACUUUCAUUUUGCUCCUGGCAAGAGCUUUUCACAACAACAUGUGCACGUCCAUGACGUUCAGUCCCUUCACAAGGAGAAAUUCAAUGUCAGCCAUUACAUCAACGAGCUUAGCUUUGGCGCUCGGUUUCCAGGAGUUGUGAACCCUCUUGACAAAGAGAAGCGCAUUCAAAAGUUUCCAUCCGCUAUGUACCAAUAUUUCAUCAAGGUGGUUCCGACUGCGUACACGGAUAUGACCGGGCACAAGAUUGUCACAAACCAGUUCUCAGUAACAGAUCAUUUCAAGGCAGUAGAAGGUUUAAAUGGUCGUUCGUUGCCUGGAGUUUUCUUCUUUUACGAGCUCUCGCCUAUCAAGGUUUUGUUUACUGAGAGAAAGACAUCCUUCCUUCACUUUCUAACAAACGUCUGUGCCAUCAUUGGAGGGGUUUUCACUGUCUCUGGCAUCAUCGACUCGUUCAUCUACCAUGGACAUCGGGCAAUAAAGAAAAAGAUGGAGAUUGGCAAAUAUAUAUGAGAAAAACAUUGCAUAGCUUUUCCAUUCAAAGGUUUUGUUCUGUCUCUCCAGCAACAGUGGCGAGCUCUAAGCAUCACAAUCAAAUACAGUUUCAAAAGUC